GAGAUAUUGCGACGAACUUGAGCAGGGCUCUUUCAAUUGCUGACUGCCCAGUUAAUUUUUCGGUUCUUUACUCAGUCGACAGCCAAGCGGAAGACCGUCCCGGCGGCGAAACACAAUCAUGCCUGUUCCUUUCGAAACCCUGCUGCCAUACGGCAUCAUAAUUGUCAUGUUUGGCGCUACAGGUACCGGACUGGCUGCCUUCAAGACAUGGCAGAACGAGGGCAAGCGACCGCGCUAUUCAUUGGAUCAGUGGGAUAGAGUUAGUCAACUGAUGGACCGAGACCGCCGACUUACAGGAACAUUGAGAGGACAGUCAGACAACCCGCAAGCACCUUUCGGGUUUGAAUUCACCAACGGAUGGAAGCUGGAGAAGCGAUUUACUUAAGAGGACUACGGUGUACAAUCGGAAUUAUUAGACGAGGGGACCUCGACCUCGAAAUCCAAAUGAAACAGAGUGUAUAUAUACCAGGCAGAAACUCGGCCUCGCUACCUAGCUAGCAUUAUUUACAUGGCUCUGCUAGUAGAUGUUGGUUAAAAAUCUAUUACUAUU